AUGGAAGCCCUUGCGAUAAUUGGCCUCACAGGCACCAUAGCGCAACUUCUCGACUUCAGCGCCAAUUUAAUUUCAAAAACCACGGAACUAUACAGCUCGGUCACUGGAACCCUGGACGACAAUGUAGACACAGAGCUGGUAACGAAUCAUUUCGCGACUCUGAUUAAACAACUUGACAGUGAAAUGCCCCCGAGUCAGGAGCUGGCCUCAAUAUGCAAUGCUUGUAGGGCAAUAUCUACGCGACUCCUGGGGAUCCUCCAGGGAUUGAAGAAAAAUACAAAAGGCCAUACGUGGAAAAGCAUUAGGCUUGCAAUACGAAGUAUAUUGAAAAACGGUGAAAUCGAGGCUUUACAGGCACGGCUAGUGCUGCUGAAGAAUGAGCUGAUUGUCAGCCUCAUGAUAGGUCUAUCCCGAGACCUUUCCCAGAUUCGUAUUGAGUCCCGCAAUAGUUUGAGUAGGUUAGAAUCUGCGGCUGACAACCUUUCCACAAUGAUGUCAACUUUGUCUCUAAAGGUUGAUCGGUCACAUAUGACUCAAGAAACAGUAAUAGAGACUCUGCUCCAUGAAAAUGCCAACAACAUGACUGCAAUCAUGGAAAAGGCUCGCGAAAUGAUACAGUUGUCUUUGCAAAAUGAGGCGGCAGUCUUUACUUCAAAUCUCCUCCAGGAACUAUCCCGACAAUACAACGACGAUCAAUCUGGCUUGAGUUCCAAUGAAGUGUCACAUUACCUGCGCCAUUGCGACUCUAAGUUGGAUCAAUCACCCAAAAGAGGAAACUGCGUCAAGAACAAUGAACCCCUUGUCAUUCAACGGUCAGGUCAGCGGCGAAGGCGACUCGUUCAUCGCAGUAACAAGUCGUCCUGGUUUGGUCGGAUACUAGUGUCUGUUACCGAAAUUUACAUGGGGGAUGAUCUUACGCACAUUCUUACAGGGUGCAUCGUUAUCCCAUCUCCCUGGAUCCUACGUCUCAGGUGCGGGGUGAAGGUUCAGCACCUAAGAUCGAUGAUCACUAGAGAAGCCCCCAGGGUUUCCCUCCGGCCGCUUCAAGUUCUUCCUAAAGACUCUGCAAUCUUCAACGCCAUCAAGUCGGGGAACGCACACGCCGCGGAGUCGAUCAUUCGUGCUAAAGACGUAUCCCCCUCAGCUGUAUCAAUGAACGGCGAGAAUCUGCUCAGUAUGAUUGCCGUGGAGAUGUUUGAUAUUCUCUUCAACUUAUAUUUUAGAUUUGAAGAUAUAGAUUUAGAAGAGAGUUGGGGACCAAGAUACUCGGACGAAGAGCGAAGGUCAGCCGAGAGUACCUUUUACAACCUGCGGCAGCUCUUCGAAUUCGUCUUGGCACAGGGGGUUGACCCGGCACAGAAAUCAUCCGAUGGAAGCUCUGCUAUGUCAUAUUUGCUCUACGUUUUACAAUUUGGCUUCGAUAGGCUUUUCCCAGACGAUUUCUACACCCUUCUCAGUUCUUCAUUAUCUGCCUCGCAAGACAAUCCCUUCGAUCAGCCUUAUGCCAAUGUUGUGGGGGAUCUCCUUAGAUUAUAUUCUCUCGAACCAUCAUGGCGUUAUCGGUCUUUUUUCGACAGGCUAUUGGAAGGCAUAGAGUGGACUCUAUGUUGUCCUGAGGGGCCUGGCAAGGCAAGCGCUCUUGCAUUAAGAUACUCGAUGAGGGAUAGAUUCGAUGUUGACCAGGACGAUUUUGAGGCCUGGGUUCCUCUGGAAGACGCGCUCAACGACAGUUUCCAGAACUUCUUUUCACGGCGGCUCAAGGUUGUCAAAUAUCUUUCGUCAAGUAUCAAAGAUGCCCUCGAUCGUUUGUUCGAAAUGGACGAUUGUGAUCAACUAGGUGGCGUCGUUAAAUGUACCAAGAACGCAGUGCAACUGUCACUACUAUAUGCCAGUCCAAUGAAGGGGCUCCACAGAGCAAAAGAUAGUAUACAGUUUGUUCGCCAGUGUGUUAUACAGGAGGUUUGCGCUAUGCUGCAAGCAUUGGAUUGUUUUGUUCCCACUAUUGAGGAUGAGAUGCUCGAUUGGUGUAACGAAUGGGAGGUGCUUGAUAUUUGGGUGGAAUCUCUGUUGAGAGGAAGUGCCCAUCCAAUACCCCGAAAGACUCGCAAGGCUUGGAAUACCAGUAAAGCAACAUAUAGCAGUUUGAACGCGUCUCGUUCUUUAGCGUGA